AUGAUUAAUUAAUUAAUCCAUGCAUACAUACAUAUGUAACAUAUAUACGCGUGUCUGUGAUGUAGGGUGGGCGUAAGCAAUAAAAAGCAAUAAUCGCAAUGACCAACAACAAUAAUACGCAUAACAAAUGAAGGGAAAAAGGGGGGGGGGAGGAAAGGGGGGUGAAGACGAGGAGGGGCGCACGGCAGGACAGCGCCUCGAUGGUACUAUCACCACCACUACCCCUCCUCACCACCACCUCUAUGCUUGAUAUCACGGCUACUACAGCCACUGCUACUACCAGCAUCUGCUAUUUACUCUCCAGAGUCCUACCGGCGCCCUCCCCUCUCGCACGCGUGUCCCGCGACCACCAGCCUCGGUGCGGCUGGCCAGACGGGGGCAAACGGAAGGGGAGGAGGGGGAAGGGGGAAAGGGGGGGGGGGGGGGAAGACGUGCCCGUUCGUCAUCCUCCUCACCCCCCCAUCCAACCGCGCCCGCACGCAGGAAGUCUGCCUUCAUGCGGGCAUGCAAAAGGGUGUAGCACGCAGGCAGGCAGCCGGACGGGACGGGAUGUCAUGUAUAUGCGUGUGAGCGAGUGUGCGUGUAGGUCUGGGACGUGCGCGGGCUGGCAAGGCAGGUUGUGCGCGUCGCAGCGAGCGAGGCGUAGGAUGCGAAGGAGGAAAAGGGGGGGGGGGGGGGGAGAGAGAAAGGGGGAAGAGAAGAGGCCCGGCAGAGCGAUGGGAAAAAAAGCCUGCCUUGCUGCCUUUCCUACCGCCUAUGGAGAUAGGCAAACUUACAUGCCUAUCUGUCUGUCUGUCUGUCUGCCCUCUCUGCCUCUGCUCCGCGCGCCGUUCGCGACGGGCCCUACCCGCCCAUCCCCUCCUCUUCCUCCUUCUCCCCCCUUUCCAGAGCCUUCCAAAUGCUCCCAGCGCCUCACCACCUCCCCCUCUCUCUCACCACUCCCCUCCCCCCCCCGCCUCCCUCUCCCUCUCCCAUUCGAACACAACACGCACGCACGAAAAAAAUAAAAUAAAAGAUCGACGCCUGGGCCGACCGGCUCUCUGUUUUCGCGCCCAAAGGACCGGGGGGGCGCAGGGAGAAGAGGGAGAAGGGGAAGAGGGAGGGAGAGAGGGGGGGGGGGGGGG